CAGCAGAUUGCUUCACACUGAACAAGAGUGCCACACAUCUCAAACAUGUGUCCUACCAAGAUCAUACUUUGGUUCAUCAUGGUGGUCAGAGCAAUAUCAGCUACUGAAACACUGACAGUCCAUCAGCCUGACUCAGUGAUCACAGCUCAGCUUGGGGAGUCGGUGACUCUGAAGUGCACCUUUAGCCAUGACAGUCAGCAGUACAUGUUCUGGUACAAGCAGAGGCCAGGAGAGAUGCCAGUCAUGAUGGUCAUGGCACAGACAUUAUCAAACAGUGAGUUUCAUAAAGAGCUCAACAACUCACAUUACAGCAUAGAGAAAGAAACUGGCAUCUUCCACCUGACUAUCAAGAACACCACUGUGACUGACGAGGCAUCAUAUUUCUGUGGAAUUACUAAAUUCUACCAUAAUGUUUUUGGAAAUGGGACGUUUGUGGCAUUGACAGGUAACAGAAAUCACAGACUGGAUUUAACAGCAGUGAUCGAAACCUCGUUACCAGACCGAGUUCACUCCAGUGACCCAGAGACUCUAGAGUGUACAGUCCUCACUGAGACCAGAACCCAAGAUCUCAGUGUGUUCUGGUUCCGACCCACCUCAGGAGUUUCCCAUCCUGUGGCAAUUUACAUCCAGAAGAACUGCAGCAGUGAGCCUGAGUCUGGUUCUCACUCUCAGAGCUGUGUCUACAAACUUCCUGUGGGAUACAUCUCUGAUCCUAGAACCUUCUACUGUGCUGUGACCUUGUAUGGUGAACUACUGUUGGGGGAUGGAGGAGGGCUGGCCACAAAACAAACAGGGGAUGCUGCAGCUGUUGGUUUGGUGAUAACGCUGGCCUUGUCUGUGGCAGGGAUCAUCUUUUGGGCCUCUUUGAGCUUAAAGAGGACACAGAGGAAAGACUCCACAGGAGACCUCUCUCUGGCGCAAAAGUCUCUGAUAGCCGAUCAGUCAACUCAGAUGCAACUGGAUGACUUGAUCUACACAAUGGUGCUUUACAACAUCAAGACCAUUAAAUCCCGAAGUGAGUGAAGAAGAUAACAGCCCCUUGGCUCCCAGCAUGAAAAACAGAAAAGGUUCAUGCUCAAUAUCCGCAAACGUAAUGUAUAUCUAACAGCGUUAUUCAACUUAUUUCUUUGGAGAGACACUGUAGUCUCAUACUAUUGGCUCUAUGGUAAAUAUGGAGAAAUGAAUGCCUCAAAAGUUCUAAUGAAUAUCUGUAUCUCUUGACAUCCUCUUUCUCCACCUUUAAUGCACAUCUUUAGCAUUUGUAUCGCUCUCUACGUCUGGCACAUUGUUUUGGUCUUACAUUUGAGUUAUUUACCAUCUAAUGUAUGCAAUGUUCCUGUUAUGCUUAGUUAUCUUGGUCUGCAUGUGAAUAUUAUUUCACAUUCAAUCAACGUAAACUUCUUUAAGUGAUUUGUUGUGUCAAUAAAGUGCACAUCUUUCAUA